GCCUCAUUUUUUUUUGACUGGUGAAAAGUUCAUCCUACUUAGUAAAAUCAAUUAAAUUGUAGUGGAAGACCUAAACUUAAUAGGCAAUACUAGUAAUAGAUACAACAAAAAGUUGAGAAGAGCCUUACUGAUAGGAAAAGUAGCAGUAGCAGGCUCUGUUGGAUGUGUUUGGAUGUGUGUAGUCCGGAAAUAUAUUAUAUAUAUACACACAUACGGGCUCUCCUACGCAUACAGUGAUAAGCCAGUAUUUACUGAAGAAAAAGCGACUAUAAGCACCACGUAGUAUCCAAAAAAAUCAUCAGCUGUUCAAGACGCAACAUCAAAUAUCCAGCAUGGAAGGGAACAAGGACGAGGCACAGCGGUGCAUUGAUCUCGCAGUGCAGUCCCUGGCCGAGGGCAAAAUCGACAAGGCGGAAAAGUUUCUGCUCAAAGCAGAGAAGCUCUAUCCCACGGAGAAUGCAAAGAAGCUACUGGCUAGAGUGAAGAGCACACCUGGCAGCGGCAGUAAUGGCAAAUCGCGACCAGCAGCCGCCGCCGAUGAGAAGGACAGUGGACCCAGAAAGCGCACCAAUUCGGACUCGCGUAACACCGCACCCGACUACUCCAACGAUCAGCUAGAGGCUGUGCGAAAGAUCAAAAAAUGCAAAGACUAUUACGAGGUCUUGGGCGUCAGCAAGACCGCCACGGAUUCGGAGAUCAAGAAGGCUUACAAAAAGUUGGCCCUACAAUUGCAUCCCGACAAGAACAAGGCCCCUGGAGCCGUGGAGGCCUUCAAGGCCCUCGGCAAUGCUGUUGGCGUCCUUACCGAUGCGGAAAAGCGCAAGAGCUAUGAUCUUUAUGGCAUAAACGAGACAAGCAAUGGACAUAGUCACAACAAUGGAGGCGGAAACCAUGGACAUGGACAGUACUACAAUGAAUACGGAUAUUCGCGCGGUUUCCAGGCCGACAUCAGUGCGGAAGAGCUGUUCAAUAUGUUCUUCAAUGGCGGUUUUCCACAGCAGAAUGGGUAUAUGCGACAGCAACGGCGCCAACGGCAGCAGCGUGAGGAUCGCGAGGGAAACAAUUCAUCGGCUUUAAUCAAUUUGUUGCCCAUCUUGCUGCUCGUUGGCCUGUCCAUGAUUUCGUCCUUCUUUAUCUCUGAUCCUAUGUACAGCUUGACGCCCUCGCAUAAAUACUCGGUGAAGCGUGAGACGAACGGCCUGAAGGUUCCUUACUAUGUGAAGGAGAAUUUCUAUUCAGAGUAUCAGGGAUCUGUGGCGCGACUGGAGGAGUCUGUUGAGGAGGACUUUGUCAAUCAUCUCAAACACUCUUGCAGUCGUGAACGGAAUUAUCGUGACUCUAUGCUGGCCAAGGCGCGUACGUUUGGCGAUCGGGACCUGUAUCGCAAGGCGCAGAAUAUCAAUACGCCUUCAUGCGAGAAUCUGCAAAAAUUUUAUAUAUGGCACGACGGUCAACACGAUCAGAGUACUUGGUAGAAGAUGUCUCUUCUCCAAAAGUGGAAUAUAUAUAAAGUAUAGUGAAAUCUCCCACAUACCAUACAUCCCCCCGGCAUGUUUGAAAGCGAAGCGAACGCAACUGCCAUUAAGUCAUGUCACGUAUCUACGAGUACGCGUAUCUACAUAUAAGUGGGAGGCUGAAAUCCAAGGACAUGCGUGUUUUUUUCAUUAUUUAGAAUUCGGAUUUAGACAUAAUGCAAGGAUACGAUAUGUAUCACAUACAUACAAAAACAUAU